CCCUGAACAGCAAGAAAUAAUACCCCUGGUUUUCGCCGGGCGUCUCACCAGCAAGAAAUCCACGCCGGAAAGUCCGAUUCUUUCCGCGGGAAAAACGAAACUCGGAUCUGCAAAUGAACAUGGCGAUGGAGGCAGCUUCAAUUUCGAAAACCCUAACAAAAGCAUUUCUUUUGAGAGGUUCCCGCUGCAUUCUCUCUUCCUCUUCCCCCUCAUUGUCAUCUUCGCCGCACUACAGCACUGCUUUUGCUGCUGUUCUUGAUGUUCCACCCGCUGUAGAGACAACUUCCUCUCCUCGACCUCAAGGUUUUGCGGCGUUCACUUUCUUGAUCUCAUUUCCUCAAUAUCUUUCGAGAGUUUCUGGGUUUGUCGUCAAUGGAGUAAUUCUGAAAGCUGGAAAUUUAUGUGGCACUGGCAGAGCAACCCAAGAGUGGCUCUUCGUGGACACGAUGGUUGCUUUUUCUUCCUGGGACGAUUACUUUUGGCCUUGGGACUUGGCAGAUCUUCAGAAGAGAGGAGAAGGUAAUCAUGUAAUUGCUACAGCUGGGGAAAAACUUGCAUGUGCAGAGAAUUCUGAGAUAAAGGUGCUUGAGCAUAGACAGAGGAGAUUAGCACUGGAACCUAUGAAGUUGAACGAUCCCUCUCCAGCAGAUGAACAACUUGAUGCCCUGGAAUUUAGAAGAGUUUCCUGCAAAGGAGUGUUUGAUGAAGAUAGAUCUAUAUUUGUGGGUCCACGUUCAAGAAGUAUUUCAGGAGUGACAGAAAAUGGCUUCUAUGUGGUUACUCCCCUUAUGCCCAUUCCCGGAGACCCCACGAGCGUGAAGUCGCCGAUUCUAGUCAACAGAGGAUGGGUACCACGCAUUUGUAAAGAAAGAUCUCUAGAACCUUCACUGAAUACUACUAAUCAGCUCCCUGAUGUAUCAGCAGUCCCUAAAGCUCACAAGAGACGAAGAGGCUUACAGUGGUGGUGGUUCCGGUCAAAGAAGCCACAAACUACUGAGGAUCAACCACCUUCCAGCGAUCCUGUAGAAGUAAUUGGCGUGGUACGAGGAAGUGAAAACCCGAGCAUUUUUGUUCCUGAAAAUGAUCCAAACUCAGGGCAAUGGUUCUAUGUCGACAUUCCUGCAAUCGCUGCUUCAUGUGGGCUUCGUGAAAAUGAUAUCAUAUAUGUGGAGGACGUCCAUGAGAAUGUUAAUCCAAGUUGCCCAUACCCUGUCCCAAAAGAUGUCACUACCUUGAUUAGUAGCUCAGUCAUGCCACAAGACCAUCUCAAUUACUCAUUCACAUGGUAUACUCUGUCUGCCGCUGUCACAUUUAUGGCGUUUAAACGAUUAAAGCAAAGGCAAACUCGGAGGUAACAGAGGCUUAGAAGUAAGAGAUCUGGGAUUUUUUUCCUUGUGAAGAAACAUACAUUGUUGAGAAUCGAUCGAUUGCACUCUUUGCAAGAAAUGCUAUUAUAUGCAGAUGUUGAGUUUGCAGAACUGGAACUACUAGCAGCGUAUGAAGUUUCUGAAUUCAUCUUCUGGCCUUGACUUUGUCAUUUGGUGGAAAUUUUGCACAGCUUCACUGUAUCAUGCAGCGGCCAGAUUCUGGUCAUUAGAUAGGCAUAGUAUUUCUUACAUUGUACUGAAUCAUGGAAUCAUUUGUUACGAAUUCGCUGGUGGUGGUUUUGAAUAAGGCAAUGGAUUCUUUUCUGUGGUUGUUUCACUGUGUAUUCUACAAGUUAAAGUCUACUUAUUGCUGUUUUGUUGCUAUUGCGGC